AUGGUGGAUGCUGAAACCCGCUACACUGAAGUAGAGAAAUUCACACUAGCCUUACUUACUGCGGCUCAGAAAUUGAGACCUUACUUCCAAGCCCAUACAAUUGUGGAAGGUAGUGGAGUUGGAAUACUCCUCCUCGGUCUGAGAGGCGUAUGUGUGGAACACGCCUUGCAUUUUCACUUCAAAGCAGGAAACAAUGAGGUGGAGUAUGAAGCAAUUUUGGUUGGGUUGAAGUUGGCGGAAGAACUUGAAGUAAAAAACUUACUGAUCAAUAGUGGUUCGCAGCUUAUAACUGAACAGAUGAAAGGCGACUAUGAGGCUAAAGGCCCCAACAUGGUCAAAUAUUUAGCUACAGUAAGGAAGUUCUUGGCUAAGAUUCCCAAAGUAGAGAUCAAUCCAAAGGGACCCGCUUCGAUCAGAAUCGAGAUACUUCCUCAACCAAGUAUCUCGAUUGUUAUGGUAGUAGCCCAGGUGGACGCUGAGCCAAGCUGGAUGGAUUCGAUCAAAGAAUUCUUGCUGGAAGGAAAACUUCUUGAGUACAAAAACGCGACAAUGAGUCUUAGGAAGAGAUCAGCAAGGUAUUCCAUAAUUAAUGGAGAGUUGUACAGGAGAUCCUUCACACUUCCAUACCUACGGUGUUUAGCACCUAGAGAUGCUGAUUAUGCCUUGAGGGAAGUAUAUGAAGGGGUUUGUGGUAGUCACAUAAGAGGGAGGACUCUCAGCUACAAAGUACUGCGUUGUGGGUACUGCUGGCCUACUAUGAUGGCAGAUGCUAAGAAGGGUAUGAACCUCCUUGGUUCAUUCCCUUCAGCAUCAGCCUAUAGGACAUUUCUGAUAGUAGUUGUGGAUUACUUUACUAAAUGGAUAGAAGUUGAACCACUUGCAGUUCAUCUGAAGGAAGAUUUGGGGAUUAAACUCAGAGUCAUUUCGGUCAGCCAUCCACAAGCAAAUGGACAGGCUGAAGUGACUAACCAAGUAAUACUCCAAGGGCUUAAGACUAGGUUGGAUAGUGCUAAGGGAAGAUGGGUGGAAGAACUCCCAAGCAUACUAUGGUCCUAUCAAACCACAGCACGGACUUCUACAGGUGAAACACCCUUCUCACUUGCAUUUGAAGAAGCUAGGAAGGAGACAAGAGUUCGUAUCGCGGCCUACAGACAAAGAACGGCUCGGUAUUACAACCGUAGAGUUAAAGAAAGGAAGUUCUCCCAAAGGGAUCUGGUCCUAAGGAAGACAGAAGUAGCAGGAAAACACCUUGGAAAGCUUGAAGAAACUUAG